AUGGGCAAGGUAACGGGUUUUCUGGAGAUCGACCGGCAGGUGGCCAAAUAUGAGCCUGCCUCGGACCGGAUUCGCCAUUUCAAGGAAUUCACGAUCCCGCUGGAGGAUGCCGAGGUCGUCAAGCAGGCCGCGCGCUGCAUGGAUUGCGGCAUUCCCUAUUGCCACGGGCCGCAGGGCUGCCCGAUCCACAACCAGAUCCCGGACUGGAACGAUCUGGUCUAUAACAACAAUUGGGAAGAGGCGAUCCGCAACCUGCACUCGACCAACAACUUCCCCGAAUUCACCGGUCGCAUCUGUCCGGCGCCGUGCGAGGAAGCCUGCACGCUGAACCUCGAGGACGUGCCCGUGGCGAUCAAGACGAUCGAGCAGGCGCUCGCCGACAAGGCCUACGAGAUGGGCUAUGUGCGGCCCUAUCCCCCGUCCGAGAAGACCGGCAAGCGCGUCGCGGUGAUCGGCUCGGGGCCGGCCGGAAUGGCCGCCGCCCAGCAGCUUGGCCGGGCCGGACACGAUGUCCACGUCUUCGAGCGCGAGGCGAAGAUCGGCGGGCUGAUGCGCUACGGCAUUCCCGACUUCAAGAUGGAAAAGCACUUCAUCGACCGGCGCGUCGAACAGAUGGAAGGCGAGGGCGUGACGUUCCAUACGGGCGUCAAUGUCGGAGUCGACAAGACCGUGGCCGAUCUCAAGGCCCAGUUCGAUGCGGUGAUCUAUUGCGGCGGUUCGGAACGGCCGCGCGAUGCGGGCAUUCCCGGCGACGACCUUGAGGGCGUGCAUCCGGCGAUGAACUAUCUGGUCCAGCAGAACAAGCGGGUGGGCAAGGAGCAGAGCAUCGAUUCGGUUGCCUGGCCGUCGGAACCGGUUGUGGCCGGCGGCAAGCAUGUCGUCGUCGUCGGCGGCGGCGACACGGCGUCUGACUGUAUCGGCACCGCCUUCCGCCAGGGCGCGGUCAAAGUCACCCAGCUCGAUAUCCGGCCCGAGCCGCCGGAGAAGGAAGACAAGCUGACCGUCUGGCCGUUCUGGGCGACCAAGAUGCGCACCUCCUCCUCGCAGGCCGAAGGCGCCGAGCGCGAGUUCCAGAUCGCAACGCUCGAAUUCGUCGGCGAGGACGGCAGGCUGACCCACGUCAAAUGCUGCGAGGUGGACGAAAAGCGCCAGCCGGUCGCCGGCACGGAAUUCUUCAUCCGCGCCGAUCUCGCCUUCAUCGCCAUCGGCUUUGCCGGUCCGUUGGAGCAUACCGGUGUGGUCGCCGAACUGGGCGAUGCGCUGGCGAUGGACACCGACCGCCGUGGCGGCCGCUCGGUGCAUGCCAACGAUCGCGACUACCGCACGAGCGUCGACGAUCUUUAUGUCGCGGGCGACGCGCGGCGGGGCCAGUCGCUUGUCGUCUGGGCGAUCCGCGAGGGCCGGCAGGCGGCCCGCGCCGUCGAUGAGGCGCUGAUGGGAUCGAGCGUGCUGCCGCGCUGA